AUGCACGAUUUCUUCUACUCCACGCUUGCCGCCGGCGUUCUUUUCAUCGCGUCGCUCGAGCUCAUGCUCUCCGGCUUCUGCUACGUGUUCUUCUUCGUCAGCCUCGAAGAAUCCGACAAGAAUGACAAUAGCAGCGACACGGGGGUCGCCUCCCACCGAGUUAGCACUGUUCCGGCCUCGCGGGGAAACAGGAACCGGACAUCCUCUGCCAGCCACAGUGUAGCCAGGAUUCCGAAUAACACCGGCCGGCUCUCCUCGAGUCUAUCUGCAGCGGUUACUGCCAGCGGCGGUGGCACCGGAAGAGGCUACCCGACGACGGAAACGAGCGGAGGUCGUGAAUCGCCGCCAGCGAGAGAAGCAGCCGCAACAAUGCCACGUGACCAAGGUGUCUUCCACGAUGAUGAGGGUCUCACACGAAGGGCAGGAGUUGGAGGGAGACGACCAGGAACAGUUGCGGGAGGAGGGUCGACAGUAGAGCCAGCAACGACGGCCGUCAGUGGCAGUCGUAGGUCAGGGAGUGGCUCAGUAUCGUCCGUUAGCACCGAGAACCGGGACACGGUUUGGAUGGGGAGACCGACAUCGUCACUGCCGUCAUGGUUACAAGAAGCAGCAACAGCAGCAGCCGCAGCAAGCACGAAUGGAAAGCAGCAAGAAGCCCCGACGUUGCCGCCCGGAGUGCAGGCGUACCAGAGGGGCACUCGGUACAUUGUACAAGGGAGUCGACCGGCUGCUGUUGCCGGCAGCGGCGGAUCUGGUGGGGCUGCAGGAGGUAGCGACCCAGGCGCCGAGCUAGAGGCGGCUGCGUUGGCGUCGUGGGCGGCUCUGGAAGGCAAUACGAUCGAGCCGCGAAGGGAGACGGCGGCGUGUGAGGGUAGGGGACACGGGGGAGUUGCCGCUGUUGUAGACACGACAGAGACGAUGGCGCAAGGCGUUCGCGUCGUUGAAUGCGAAAGCGUUUCUGCAGAACGGGCAGCGGUGGAUGGUGACGAUGAUGCUGGAAGCGGCUGUAGCAGGCCGACGUCGGGGCUUGGAGGAGCAGACGUAACACUCGUGGAUACGGAGCGGGCUGCGGUAUCUGCGGCGCCAGGGGGUUGGCGAGUGCUUGAUUUGUCCGAGAGCUCUGUCGAUGCGGGCAAUGAUAACAAACGGUAG